UCGAGCGGGACCUCGCAGGUAUAAGAAGCGGCCUUGGCUUCGCUUCUUCCUCUCUCCUCACCCAGCCUCUCAUAGCCACCUCACAACACACCACCUCACACCUCACUCAUCAUGAAGUUCACCCUCGCUCUUCUCUCCGCCGUCUUCGCCUCGGCCGCGCUCGCCGCGCCCUUCAUGCAGGCGCGCAGCGCGCUCGACUCGCCCUUCCAGGCGCGCGACGGCCUCAACUCGUCGUGCUCGCUCGAGCGCGAGACCCCGGACGUCAAGUGCCAGGAGCUGCGCUUCUUCUACGAGCACUCCAUCUACCUCACCGACGAGGUGUGCUCCGCUUAUCUCUCGCUCUGCCACUCGAGUGCGACUUCCAACACGGUGGCAUGGGGUGGCUGCGAGGCGUACAGCUCCACGGGAACAUACCACGCGUAUUGCACUCAAGGUCGCAACCACGGCGGUCAAGCCUCGAUCUCCUCGUCCAUCGCCGAGAAGCUCGACACGCCCGAAGUCAAGGAUGCUGACGGCACGUGCACGCCCAUCCCCACCACGCCCGACUUCUGCGAGACGCCGUACACGCCGGGAGGCGUCUUCAACAACUAAGCGCGUCUGCUUGGCGCAUCUCGCUCUCGCUCUCUACCCUCUCCCCCGUACAAGCACGACUUCUCGGUGCACGAGAGCAGAGGGAGUAGACGUGCGUGCGUGUGCCGCAAAUGCGUCAUGCUCGUGGGUCCACCAGGCCACACAUUCGCAGCACUCGC